AUGCGUCGUUCAUACAGCUCCAGUAUCUCUUCUUCAUCUCGGUCACCAUCACUGUCUCCGGUAUCCAGAUCACUCUCUCCAGUCUCCAGAUCACUAUCUCCGGUCUCGAGUUGCUCUUCCGUCUCGGAACGAGAUCUAGACAAUGAUCUCCUCAGUCUUAGCACCAGCAGCCUUCGCGAAAGCAAUGACACGAAAGAUUACAUCCUAGUCAUUGGGGGACUUGGCUUCAUCGGCUCGCACACGACACUAGAGCUAUUGAAGGACGGCCAGAAUGUAGUAGUCGUCGAUAACAUGAGCAACUCCUUCGAAUCGGCCUUCAACAACAUCCAUCGAUUGGCGCGCAAACACUGGGCUUCCCGAGGUGCCGCAUGUCCUGAUUUCAAGCUCCACAAGGUCGACUACCGAAGUCCAAUAAUGCGAACAGUUCUGGGAGGGUAUGCCAUCCAGGAUCCUGCGCUCUCGACGACUCGCUUGUCACAUAUCACCGGCGUGAUACACUUUGCGGCAUACAAGUCCGUCGAAGAAUCCACGCAGAGGCCACUCGACUACUACCUGAACAACGUCGCUGGCAUGAUCGAAUUGCUAAUCCUGCUCGGUGACUUUGGCAUCAAAAACUUCGUAUUUUCAUCAUCCGCCACUGUCUACGGCUCGGUCCUCAGCGAAGAUGGCGAGCCCGUGGAGGAGGAGCAAUUAGUCCAUCAUCCGACACAACGUGUUGACAGCAACGGCCAAGCGACAUCGCUCACUCCGGGGAUCAAAGGGUUGACCUCGCCGUAUGGCCGGACAAAGUAUUUCAGUGAGGCUAUCCUGGCAGACGUAGCGCUCGCCGACCCAUCGUGGCGAAUCACCGCGCUCCGGUACUUCAACCCCGUUGGCUGUGAGCCCUCAGGUCUGCUCGCAGAAGAUCCACGGCAAAAGCCCACAAAUCUUUUCCCUGUGGUGUGUCAAGUGCUGUCAGGAGAAAGGCCGGCUCUGGACAUCUUUGGGACGGAUUGGGACACUCGUGACGGCACUGCUGUGCGCGAUUACAUACAUGUUGUCGAUCUGGCAAGGGGCCACCUUGCUGCCCUAGCGGCUGCGGGAGGUCGACCGUCGGAGCUAGCCUUCCGCGCGUACAACCUUGGGACUGGGUCUGGCUCGACUGUGGCUGAAGUUGUGUCAUGCAUGGAGAAGGCAGCGUGCCGAUCGAUACCCGUGCGACGUACCGGCAGGAGAACAGGAGAUGUCGGGUUUUGUGUGGCGGCUACCGAUCGUGCCAUGCGAGAGCUCAAUUGGAAGACGCAACUGUCACUGGAUGACUGUGCCGCUGAUACUUGGCGGUGCCUUCGCCUCUCCGGAAAAGUCGCCGCUUGAUUUUGUCGUUGCGUUAGCAUUGGUGUUUAGGAGUGCAUAUUAGCUCAUGAUGGGUGGAUGGAUAUUACCAGUCUGAGCGUUCCACGAUCCGCAUAUAGAAGUCUAACUAAAUAUGGCAACCCCGCUCCGCGAUGACAUUCAGUUCCAUAAGCCUUUCAACACCUGUCGCUUAAGCGGCUGGCUAGCCAAAAGCACAAACACUUCAGUGACAUUCAAGAAUUACCUCACACGUCGUUCGUCCCGUGGCGCGUUGCCAGUGGACAUCGUGGACCGGAACUUUGCCUGUCUCCGCUGGGUAGACUAGAUGGAAUGAAGUCGAAUCUUGCGCAAGCUUACAGUAGCCUAUAAGCU